AUGGCGUCAACUUCGCUGAUUGGAUCGGGGCAGUACCCAGAGCAUGAUCUGUCCGAGUUCCCGGCUGCUCUCAAGGGCAAGCGUAUUCUGCUAUGCACCGAAUCCUUUGGCCCGGUCAACGGUGUGAGCCGGACGACUCUCAUGCUGGUCAACCACUUGCGCGAUCACGGCGUCCAAGUUGCUGUUGUCGCUCCUCAUAACCACACCAACCACAACACCUUUUCACCACCUCCGUCUCCCAGCCUCUCUCCUGCGGACAAGCAGCCCGAGGUCCGCGUCACUGGCUAUCCCCUACCCUUCAACCCUGAGCUUUCCAUCGUAUAUCCCGUUCGCAACUCAACGCUCUACUCUCGCACCUUUGGCAAUGAUGCGCCCCCGGAUCUCAUUUACCUAGCAUCUCCGGCUAGUCUGGGCUUCCAAGUCAUGCUGCAGCUAAGACAGCAGCCCAAGGAAAAGCAAAUUCCCAUCAUCUGCAACUUUCAGACUGAUUUAGCUGGCUACUGCUCUAUUUUGUUCCCCGCGCCCCUCAGUCAUGCCGCAGUCUUUGCGUUUGAUGCCGUUCAGAGCUAUCUUUUCAGGCACUCAUCUAUCAAGACCAUCUUUUAUCCCUCCAGAUUCGUCAGGCGGUAUUUGGAGAACCAAAAGGUUCAAUCCAGCAAACUCGAAGUUCUAACCAGAGGAGUCAAUACCACCAUGUUCAACCCAAGCCGCAGGAGUGAGGCCUUGCGAAAGGAGAUUGCACCGAAUGGAGAAAUCAUUUUUGUCACCGUUUCUCGCAUUGCUGGUGAAAAGGGCUUCGAUUUCCUCGCCAAGGUGGCCAAGGAAAUGGAUGCUCGGAGGCUGCCGUUCAAAAUGGUCAUUGUUGGAGGAAACCGAAACCCUGACGUCGAAAAAGAAGUCCAAGAGCUAUUCGAUCCUCUUAGGGAAAAGGGCACCGUCACUUUCGCCGGCUUCAAGGUUGGAGAGGAUCUCGCUACUUACUAUGCCUGUGGCGAUGUUUUCUUGCACUGCUCCGUCACGGAAACCUUUGGCUUGGUCGUCCUGGAGUCCAUGGCCAGCGGUGUCCCCGUAGUGGCUCGUGAUGAAGGUGGCCCAUCAGACAUUAUAGCUCAUGAGGAGACGGGAUACCUAGUCCCACCUGAUGACUUGGAUGGAUUCGUUGCCAAGGCUGUCAAGCUUGCUGAAGACCAUCAGCUACGGUUCACCAUGGCCAAGGACGCUCGCGUCGCUGCUUGUGAAGCCACAUGGGAAAAGAUCAACAACAAAGUUGCCUGGCGCAUGGCCGACACCAUUGCUCGGCGUGAGCUAGAACAAGGAAAGUUGCCUCAGCCAACCAAGGCGGUGACAACUACAGCCCAGCAACUGGUGCCUGUCUACGGUUGGCUCAUGAUGAACAAUGCUCUCCGGGAAACAGUCACUCGCAGCAUUGUCGAUGCUCGACUGGUAGGUGGCUUGGGAGUCAUUCUAAGCUUCUGGGUCAUCACUGGUGCGUAUGUGGUAUUCACAGAGGGUCUUUUGUGGGCCAAAGGCCGAGUCCGCAAGGCCGCGCCUACAAAAUGA